AUACACUACUUACUUAGGUACCUAGAGAUACAUAUAUUUAACGCCUUGCGUCGCCUUUUGCAUACCUACGCACCUACCUACAUACAACGUUAGCCGACGGACGGACCUAAAGAUAAAGAAAGCCACACUUGCCUACUACGCACCAAGAGCGGAUUUUAUGACUUGAGACAAUAUACCUACGAGAAAGAAAAAAUAGGGACUUGAAGGAGGAGGAAAGGGGGAAAAAAAGGAAAGAGAAAGAAAGGGAAACCAAAAAAAAAAAAAACCAUGGUUUCCGAAGAUGAGCUGCCAGUGCUCAAGGUCCUGAUCAUCGGCCCCUCCGGCGCCGGAAAGUCUGCACUGCUGUUGAGAUAUUGCGAUGACCAGUUUGACCCGGAGUCGACGACGGCGACGAUAGGGAUCGAUUUCAAGAUGAAGAAGCUCGCCGUACGGGGCAAAGCGUACCGCUUAAAUCUAUUCGACACUGCCGGCCAGGAGAGAUUCCGCACCUUAUCAACUAGUUACUACCGCGGCGCCCACGGCGUCAUCAUCGUCUACGACAUCUGCAGUCGGAAGAGCUUCCUCAGCAUGGAGAGGUGGAUCGAGGAGGCGAGGUCGAAUGCGUCGCCGGAUGCUGUGAUUUACCUGGUCGGAAGCAAACUAGACAAGAUAGCCACCAACGGCCGCGCCGUCUCCUUCGAGGAAGGCAAAGCCUUCGCCGAGUCCCAGGGCGCCGGGUUCUGCGAGGUCAGCUCCAAGACGCGGGAGAACGUCCGCAAGCCCUUCGUCGAGGUCGUCCACCAUAUCGUCCAGAAGCCUGAGCUCCUCGCCGCCGCCACGCCCGCCGCUUCUUCUGCCGGCGCCGGCUUGAAUCUGGGGGGUGUCGGGCCGAGAUACGCUGGGGAUUGCAUGUGCUGAAAGGGCAGCGGGAUAUGAUUGAUAGGCUGGGAUAGGAUACGACAGGACAGGACAGGAUAGAAUGGGAUUGGAUGGGCAUUGCAUGUGGUGGCUUUUCGGAUUUCUAUUAUAUUUCGGUUUGCGCAUGCGCGCGU